CGACGGGUCAACUUCUUUCAAGAAACUCGCCAGUGGGGGAGGGUUUUUAUUUGUACAACAGAACUUUGCGUACGGUCCUGUGUCUGACUAUACUAGCUACCGCUUCAGGGAGGUCCAGAAUGGAAAACUCCCUAAGACAACGAAGAGGUCUUCCAAGGUAACUUGACCCCAAUGUGCCAUACCGGUGGAUGACAGAUCUGUGUGAGGGAGGGAUGGAGGACCUGUGGAGUAUAGCCGUUGUGUUGCUGCAGGUGUGGUUCUCCGUGAUGAUAGGGUUCAUCAUGAUACCUGCCAUGUUUGGCCUCUCCCUGGGGGUCACUUCUGUCUACAUUCAGAUCCUGGUCAAAAUACUGGAGUGGGCCACCCUGCGGAUCGAGAGAGGACACAGGGAACGACACACUCUGCCAGUGCCUGCUCCUCUACCCUUUGGACUCAUCCAGAGGGAGGGGGGCUCCAUGGAACAGGAGAUGGGGGAGCUGCGUCGGUAUCGUACCCAGUCCAUAUCGAGGGGAGAGUUUGCGCUGAGCGACUCAUUCUACUUCUACAUAAAGGGCCUGGAGAGCAUCGUGGACGACCAGGUGACUCAGCGCUUCUCCUCUGAGGAGCUGGUCUCCUGGAACCUCCUGACCCGCACCAACCACAACUUCCACUACAUCAGCCUGCGCCUCACCAUCAUCUGGGGACUGGGCGUGAUCAUACGUUACUGUGUCCUUUUCCCUCUCAGGAUAACCCUGGCAAUCAUUGGGUUGACCUGGCUGGUGAUUGGGACAACUUUGGUGGGAUUUCUACCUAACCAGAGAUUGAAGAACUGGCUAAGUGAAUUAGUCCAUCUGAUGUGCUACAGGAUCUGUGCCAGAGGUCUCUCUGCCACCAUUCAAUACCACAACAAAGAGAAUAAACCACAAAAAGGAGGAAUAUGCGUAGCAAACCAUACCUCGCCUAUUGACAUUGUCAUUUUGGCCAAUGAUGGAUGCUACGCUAUGGUGGGUCAAAGUCACGGUGGGCUGAUGGGGGUCAUCCAGAGGUCAAUGGUGAGGUCCUGCCCCCACGUCUGGUUCGAGAGGUCGGAGAUGAGAGACCGAAAUGCUGUUACCAGUAGAUUGAGGGCUCAUGUUGCAGCUAAAACCAAUCUACCCAUCUUGAUCUUCCCUGAGGGAACCUGCAUCAACAACACAUCGGUCAUGAUGUUCAAGAAGGGAAGCUUUGAGAUUGGAGGGACUAUAUACCCAGUCGCAAUCAAGUAUGACCCUCGUUUUGGAGAUGCCUUCUGGAACAGUGCCAAGUACAACAUGGUGAACUACCUGCUGAGAAUGAUGACCAGCUGGGCCAUCGUGGUCAACGUGUGGUACCUGCCUCCCAUGACCCGACGGGAAGGGGAAGAUGCUGCCCAGUUUGCCAACAGAGUGAAGUCUGCUAUCGCACAUCAGGGAGGGCUAUUGGACAUGGCGUGGGAUGGGAGUUUGAAGAGAGCCAAGGUGAAAGAGGAAUUUAAAGAGCAGCAACAGAAGAUGUACAGCAGUAUGGUUAUGGGGAAGAAAGGUAGAAACUCCCAAGAGCCUCACACAGAGGGUACCAGGAGACAAUGACUCUGGAAUUAACACUGGACAAAGUAUUUUACACACUACAAUGCAUAUGGACUGGAUUUAUUCCAAAUCAAAGGCAUUUGUUUUAUAUUCAUCAUAGUUGUGUGGUGAAUAGAGUAUAGAUUGAUAUCUGAAUCUGAUACACAACAUGUAUUAACUUUUAAUGCAUGAAAUGCCUUAUUUUAAAGACUGCGCAAUUACAUAUUUUAUAGAGCCAUAAACAUUUCAAACUUCACUGCAAGUAGUACUAUGGUAUAAAAUGAUCUCUGUUACAGUAAUGCUACGUUUUCUGACUGCCAUCUAACUAAACUCACCAUAAUCGAAGAAUGUGUUUACAUUGACCCAGAGUUUGUACUAGUACUAUAUUACUUUGUACAGUUUGUGCCUCUUAUGUUACAUUAUGCUCCCUACAAUACAACCCCUAACCCCAUAUAAACAAUAUAUACAUUCA